AAUAAAUUGAAAAAGUAUAAUAUACUUCCUUUAACAUGUCAUGUACAGUUCAAUAUUCUUCAUUGUUACUGAAUGGAUUUGCUAAACUGGAACAUAUAUUAAACAAUGAUGUAUAAUAACAUAUUGACAAAUAUAUAGAAGUAUAACAAACGACUGGCAGUGGGCAACCGCCAUGCAGUCUCAACGACGCAUUGGUGUAGGGCGCAUGGAGAUGGAUAUGCUAGAAAUAAAUGCUGUAAAGAAAUUUGGUGCGAAGUUUGUAGACGACAUUUAUCCUAUCCCAAUGGCAGAGGUUCUUAGAAAAAACUGCAUAAUAGACGAACCCUUUUACCAAGAAAUUCUUAUGAUGCAAAGAAAUCAUGCUCCCCGAAGAGUUAUGUGCGAAGCACUAGUUAACGAGACAACAAAUAACUGCAAUCUUAAACAUCUUAUACAAGUGUUAUAUGAUAAUGGAUUUAUGAAUCUUGCCAAAGAAUUAUUCCUUUGUCGCGAAGAAAGUCGCAACAAAGUAGCUCUUCUUCGUGUAAAUCGAGCAGACACUAGUAAUAGGCGUAAGAUUGGAGAAUACUUUAAGAACAUUAAACAACAAGUUCAUGCAAUGGUAUUUAAAAACUCGCUUUCUACUGUUCAUAAUUUAGGAGAGAAAAUUAAGAAAUCAAUGCUUGAUAUCAACGAUCCCGUGCAAAGGAUGUAUGCAUGUGAUAAGUAUGUUGCAUUGAAAGCUGCAGAAAUGGAUUCACUCACAAACAUUGCAGGAAUAGUCAGCAAAGAUCAUCCAGGGUAUUUGGAAAUGAAACGAUAUGUUUCAAGUACAUCAAACCCCGCACUUUCAGAAGUAAUUCUGUAUGGAAGACAAUCCGAUGUUCUUUCGACAAUCGGUAACUUUGAAGAAGCGGAAGAUUUUAUGCGACAAGCAUUAGUAAGUGCGUACACAAGUUGUUCAUGUGUAGAAGUGACAGAUAUGUUAUAUAAAAAUGUGGUUGUAAAACUAUCGAAAUUUGAGAAAAAUCCACAUGACGAAGAACUACGGAAAUCAAUUUUGUUUGAAGCCGAUCAAGGACUUUGGACACUACGAGACCAAUCAGAAGACUUGCGAUUAUUUUGGACGAAACUUUUCCUUUUACGAAUGGCAUUCGCUCAUCUUGGUAUCGGAAAGUUUUGUGAUAUUGUACGCAAUUAUGUACCAACCAUGCAAUCACUUGUAGAAGCUGAAAUGAUACUAAAACUUGAUCCUCUAAAAGAUCUAGAACAUCGGAGACAAAUGUUUAUUGCAGUUGCUAGAGCAAGACUGGAAGAAUGGAAAGGUAACAUGGAAGCUGCGAUGAAAUAUUUAAAAAUAGCCAGGGAACUAGCAAAAGAGGGAAAGUAUGCUGAAGACAGAGCACUUGCAGAUUAUGAAAUCCUCCUUGGAAAGAAUCCAUGGCAAACACAUAUUUAUGAGCGUGACCGACACGAACAUGUAAUAGAUGAACAAAAUAGUCUUGUUUUGCAUUUGAGGUCUUCAAUUUUGCCAUCGUCACUUGAGGAUUCAACAGAUCAGAAGACUUAUUUUUCAUCAAACAACGACAGCCAGUGUCAAUCAAUCAGAAGUGUGCAUUUUGAAAUAUUAAGGACUGUAAGUGAUACCCAAUCAAACAGAAGCUUAGAUCAUCUCGAUCCACAGUCUCCAUUAGUAAGCGACGUUAGCUCACUUUUCCCGAAUACAUCUACAAGCGACAGUAUGGAACAUCUAAAUCUAACCUCUUUACAAGAAAAUGCAACUGAACCAGGAUUGGGUAAUACGGAUGCUCGACAUGAUAGGGUGGAUAUUUCUUUUCAAUCUUCAAUUUUGGUAUCCAGCCAAACCGAAGCAUCUCCAGACUCUUGCGAUGAUUCAUACCCUUCGUUGGAACAUUUGCGCUUUUCAUCAUCUGAAAGAUAGAUCGUCACAAUUUCAUAAUUGGAAACUUUGAAAACUCAAAUUGAAAUCGCAUGUAUAAUCACCGACUCACGUAGAACGUAUGUUACUACAACAAAUUCACAUAUUGUCAUCAAAGUUUUUAAUUAUUUUUUUUUGCAUUAUUCGCAUAUUUACUGAUUUCACCAAGUCAACAUGGCGGCUCAUUAGUUACGAAAAGUCUACUUUGGAUUUGACUGAAGCUUACGAGAAAAACAUAUAAAUUAAAAAUGACAAAUGUUAGGUUUUAGAAUUAAAUCAAAUAAAAUUUAGUUUCAUAGUUUCAUAGUUUAUUAGAGAAAACUCAGCCGCAGAAGACUGCGCAACAGGAGCAUAUUUAUAUAUACAAUAUUAAUUACAACAUAGUUCAUAAUACAAACAGAAUACUUUUUUAAAUUAUACAUCUUCAGAAAUAAGUUUGUGUUUAUUACAGUUUUAAAUUAGACAAGCAUCUUUUCUACCUUUUGAAUAAAAAUUGACAGCUUAGACAGCACAUUACUAUUACUAUAUUUAAGCAUGCCAAGUACUUUUUUUUUCAUUUGGAUAUUUUAAAUAAUAUGGAGGUAUGAACUUCCC